AUGAAUGGGAAGCAUGGCUUGGAAGACGAUAGUAAUGAGGAGACGAAGAAACCCAGAGUGGAAGCCUCCGAUGGUAUAGUUGUAGAGUCUUCAAACCGUCAUUACUUGGAGACUAUCAAUAAAGAACUACUUAAUUUUGAUUAUGAAAAAGUAUGUCUGGUUAGUCUUUCAAAUGUCAAUGUUUAUUGUUGCUUGGUAUGUGGGAAAUACUUUCAAGGUCGUUCAAGAACGUCACAUGCCUACCUUCAUGCAGUAAAUAUGGAUCAUCAUGUGUUUAUCAAUAUGGAAACACUCAAGUGCUACAUCCUUCCAGAAAACAAAGAGUUAACCGGCAGGGCCAAGGUAUUUGAUGAAAUAAGAUCAUUAAUAAAUCCGCAAUAUACCAUGGAGGAUAUUGCCUUACUUCAAGUAUCUGAUGAUUUCAACUAUAAUACGAAGGAUAUCCCACCAUUACAAGUUUCCUACGACUUACAUCAUAAGGUAUAUCAUCCUGGGUAUGUUGGAUUGAACAAUAUAUCUUGUAAUACCUAUGCUAAUGUGAUACUUCAACUAUUGAGUCAUAUCCCACCCAUUCGAGAUUAUUUCCUCUCGUUAUCAACUACAUUAAAACAAGAUGAACGUGAAUUAUUAGAUUCAAAAUCAGAACUAAAUGCUAAAUUUGGUCUUUUGGUGCGUAAGAUAUGGUCCAAAAACCUUUAUAGAAACCAUAUUUCACCACAUGAAUUGAUGCAAUUAGUUAAAAGUAAGUUCUCAUUGGGAAGUCAACCCAAUCCUAAGCAUUUUUUGGUUUGGUUAUUAAACCAAUUGCACAUGACAUUAGCCAAGGCAUUAGGUACGAAACAGACGGUUUUUUCAAAAUCAUUCCAAGGUAAGAUUAGAAUUAAAGCCACUCCUGUAAAUAAACAGACCGAAACUACCACUACUAUAAGAAAAUUCUGGAUGAUUACUUUGGAUUUAUCGGAUUCAUCUCCAUUCCAAAAGACUUUGGAAAGUAAUGAUGAAAAUCCAAUUAAUGACCAUAUUACACAAGUGUCAUUCAAAAGUCUUUUAUCUAAAUAUGAUGGAGAAACGAUCACUCAAGCCACUGAAUCUGAAUUGAAUACUUUCCAGAUUGUAGGACCAGCUCCACCUUAUUUAAUUUUCCACAUAGAUAGGAAAGAAGAUAUCAAGAGCAAUCUGAAGGCGCCUAAAGUAUUGAAAUUUGAACUGCCAAUGGAUAUGAGUCCAUACGUAUUAGGUGGGAAUACAUCUCCCCAUGUUUAUGAUCUUGUGGGACAUGUCAAACAUGAACUGAUCCCGGGUGUAGAAUUGGAUAGGAGUGACGAUAAGCAUGAUUGGACAGUUCUGGUGAGAAGAAAUAGAAAUGAUUGGGUUAGUAUCCAUGAUUUGGAUAUUGAACCAUGUAAUGGAGAUCUUUUAUUCCUUGAAGAGAGUUACUUGUUGGUUUGGAGAAAGAGAGAUUGA